AUGCCUAUCAGUGAAAAGCCUAUGAGUAAAUUUCACGAAAUGUCAAGCUAUAAUAAUAGGAAGUCACCGAUUGAUGAGCAGAGUAAUCCAAAGUUCCAUCUGAUAGAGCAACUAACUGAUCGACGAUGGAAACAGACAAACCUUGGAGGAUUCGAUUCAACGAACAUCGCCAUACAAGUCACUCCACCCGAUGGCGAAGAAGACGACGACUUCAUUCCAGCACUGCGCUUGCGUAGGAAGCUCAGCACGCCUCUUAGCGCACUACCUGGUGGACUGCUUAGUAUACAAAAUCACCGCGCGCCUCCAUCUAGGUCUAUGUCAACUUUCGAUCGUACAAAGCGGCGCUUCAGCACAAUGGUGUCUAGUACCGCGGCCUCAGCUUUAUCCCGCCGCCUCUCAGCCACUAUCGGAUGGUGCCUUACCGGUCAGACGCAAGUCAAGCCACAUAUAGUCCGAGAGGGACGCGCCCUUUGCCUACAAUACAUAAAAACACAAAUUAGAAGAUCCAAUUUGUGUCAAAAAAAGCAAAUAGUACUGAAACGAUUACAACGAAUGGUGGAGACUGAAUGUGGAGAAGAAGCCGCUACCAACACAGAAGCUGGAGUACUAGCGGCGUUACGGUCUUUAUGUGCAGCUUUAGAAAGGAAAAAACCUAAUGCGUUCAGGCAGGUGGCGAGGCAAGCCACACGAGCACCCUCUGCUAUGUUAAAAUCAGACACUGCCCUUGCAGAGCUUUCCCUCGCAUUAGGACGACGGAUCACUAGAGAUAACAUAACUUGGUGUAAGAUCGCGGCCGUGUACUGUGUUUGCGGAGCCCUUGCAAAAGAGGCUGCUGAAGCGGCAGAGGGUGAACCAGCCUUGGAGCUGGUGACCGCGCCUGCUGCUGCCAUUGCUGAUCUCCUACACGAAGAAGCUGGGUCUUGGAUUACGUCUCACGGAGGAUGGAAUGGAUUGGUUCAUCGAUUACGAACCAGUGAGCGAGAUCCACGGUCGGAGAAAAAUCUACAAUUGGUGAUUGGCCUCUUCGUGUGUGCUUGUAUCAGUCUCAUGAUGUUUCGAUGGGUGCUACAGGCCCACCCCGCUUAUAUGGAUAAUAAUGAAUAG